UCUUGUCAAUCCCGGAUUAAUGGCCAAUAGCAACGUCGUAAGACGGAUCGGAAACCUGAAGGGUUGAUAAUAUUUUUUUUCUUUUUUUUUUCCUUGACAGUGUGCAGAGAAAGAAGGGGCUCAUCCCUAUUUCCUAAGGGGAGGUAAUUUGCACAGAUCAAGGGGCAGGCAUUGCAAAGUAUAAAUAGUGUGACUUCAAUAGCAUAUCACCAGCAGGUCUGAACUCCGCAGCAAGAAGAAUUGUCCAAGAUCUGUGCAUUUAACUCGAGAUCUAGAGUUGGCAAAACAUCAUCUUGUAUUUAGGUCGACAAAAAGACUACUCUUGAUGUGUUAUUGCAGGCUGUUGUGGAACUGAAAAAAAAAGGCGAGAAGGGAAGAUUCUGAGUAGUGAUGGAAGAACUUACCGCCUUCGUGUCCAAGUCUUUUGAUCAGAAAGUGAAAGAGAAGAAGGAGGUGAUCACAUACAGGGAGGUUCUGGAAACUGGACCAGCGAGAGGGAGGGAGCCGAUCUCCACUGAACCAAGUCGGGAGGAGGUGAGCGCACUCGCCCGGGGAGGCGCGCGAUCUCCAGGCAGGGAGACGGACAUGCUUGGGCCGGAGCGAACGAGGGAUACGGGCAGCCCUAAACUAAUUGAUGGUAACACUGAUAUGAAAGAAAGGAAAGAAGAUUCAAAGCCAAUGGAAGACGAAACGCAGACUAAAAUCAAGCAGCGCAGAAGUCGGACUAACUUUACCCUGGAACAAUUGAACGAGCUGGAGAGACUUUUUGAUGAAACUCAUUAUCCUGACGCUUUCAUGAGGGAAGAACUUAGCCAGAGACUUGGUCUUUCUGAAGCACGAGUACAAGUUUGGUUUCAGAACAGGAGAGCUAAAUGCAGAAAACAGGAGAAUCAGCUACAUAAAGGAGUUCUUAUCGGAGCGGCCAGUCAGUUUGAGGCCUGCCGUGUAGCGCCAUAUGUCAACGUGGGAGCUCUGAGGAUGCCAUUCCAACAGGAUAGUCAUUGCAACGUGCCGCCCUUGUCCUUUCAGGUCCAGGCCCAACUCCAGCUGGACAGCGCUGUGGCCCACGCUCAUCAUCACCUGCACUCUCACCUGGCCGCACACGCACCCUACAUGAUGUUCCCCGCUCCGCCAUUUGGGUUGCCAUUGGCCACGCUGGCGGCGGAGUCGGCUUCAGCCGCCUCAGUCGUGGCCGCAGCCGCAGCCGCGAAGAGCACCAACAAGAACUCCAGCAUCGCGGAUCUGAGACUCAAGGCCAAAAAACACGCGGCCGCGCUGGGACUGUGACUAGGGGACAGCGCGUUUGAAAGACCGCGAGUGACGGACAGCCCGCCGCAGCCACGCCGGCUUUUCAUGAACUGAGAGAAAAAAAACAUUAUUUAUGAGUUUUUAAAUGAAGGAGGAAAAAAAAAUGGAGAACUAUAAAUAUAGACUAUUUAUAAACAAAAAAACUGUGAAUGCUAACCGAACUGUGGAACGAGAUCAAAAAAAAAAAAGAAUUGUUAUAUUUAUACAACUUGCGAAGCCAACUUGGGAACAGAAUUAACAAGAAAAGUGAAAGAAAUGUCUAUAAAAGGAAGAUUAUACUGAGUAUAGAGGAAAACGCAGCUGGGACGUUCGGGGUUUUGUUUGACAAAGCCAACAAUUCUGCGCAGUUUUUCUUUCUAAAGUUAUUAUUUCCUAUCGAAACAGAGGCUGGCCUCCUUAUACUUCAAACAGACACCAGAGCGUCCCUCCACAAAGGGACAAACUCUGGGCAUUUUUGAACAAAAAGACAAUGUGGGAGAUUUUUUUUUCUUCUUCUCCACAUCAGAACUGCAGAACAGUAUUUGCAUGUAUUUUCUCUUCAUGGAUGACGUUACUUGAGUCAGUUGCGUUUCAUAUUCAUUUUUGUGGACUGCAGUCAUUCAGAGGAGUCAAAGAAGCAAAACAGUCAAUCAGAUCGUGUUGGGGUGGGGCGGGGGUGAGGUGUUUUCAUUCGACUACAUGAUGAUUCACUGUAUAACUACUUAUCUAAAAUUCAAAUCAAAUUCGGUUGUAGGAUGUAAGGUGUCCAUAUUUGCAGAUAAUAGUGCCGAUUAAAGUUCGCAUUUCAAAAAUGCUGAAGGCUUUGGGAAAAAAUAUAUAGAUAAUAAGGUACGGGCACAUGUAAAAUAUGUUGAUACACAAGAAACAAAAUUUAUUUUGGUUAUAGUGUGAUUUAAUAUAACAUUGUCAGAAUCCUAAUCUUUUUUCGGUGCGCUUAUUCAUGUACAUUUUCCCCUAUUGUAAUGUUGGUGUUUUUUAUUGCGUAGCUGUUAAAAAAAAGGGGACCUUAUAGGUGCAGAUUUAUUCAAGCCUGAUAUGGCUGUAAAUUUACAUCAUUUUUUUAUGUGAAACGUGAAUACGCCAAAAGACAAUGCUUUCAGUUCUUAAAAUAAAUUAACUUGACUUUG